AUGGGUGAUAGUACUGUAUUAAAAGAGGAAGGGAACCAGUAUUUUAAAUCAGGAGAAUUGGACAAAGCGUUAGCUAGCUACACUAAAGCUCUAGAGAUCCCUAACCUCAAAGACUCAGAAAAAGCUGUCCUGUAUAAAAACAGAGCUGCAGUUUAUUUAAAGAAAAAUGAUUUUGGAAAUACUAUCAAAGAUUCUAGUGCUGCCUUAGAUCUGGCACCUAAUGAUCCCAAAGCUUUAUUCAGAAGAUGCCAGGCAUAUGAAAGUUCGGGAAAACUUGAAGAAGCGUUCCGUGAUGCUGCCUUAUUAAUGAAAGUAGAUCCUGGAAACUCAGCUAUUGUUCCUACAUUUAAACGAUUAAAUCCUGUCAUUCAACAAAGGGUAAAAGAACAGAACAGUAUGACAAAUAAAGUGACUCAGAUGUUUAAAUUCGCUUUUGAUCCAGAAUGUGAGGACAAAGAAAAGAGAAAACAGGCAAUCAAUAACCUAAUCGUACUUAGCAGGGAAGGGGCCUCAGCUAACAUGAUCUGUAAAUAUAACGGAAUAGAACGUGUGAAAACAUUACUGGAUGAUAAAGACUGUGCUAUGAUGGUGGGAGGUGUUCGUAUUCUUGCCUGUCUUGGUAAAGAAAGCGAAGAAAGAGUAAAGAUCAUUGAUAAAAUAGGUGUACAGAAAAUAAUGUCCUUGAUGGGAGUGAACAAUGAAGAAGUCUCCACGUCAUGUUGUCAUCUUCUACAGAAUUUAAUGACUUACGGUUCAGAGUUUGAUAAAUUUACUGAACAUGAAUACAGUGAGAAAUAUAUAGAUGAAAUAUUUUAUACCCUCAUCAAAAUGUUGAUAAAUAAAAAAGUGUCUGGUUAUGGCCGUGAUUCAGCCAUGGAGAUAAUGAUUAAACAUAUUGAAAGAUUGGAUGGUAUUGGCUGGAUGAAAAAAUUCCUCGCGACAGAAGGUAUUGAGAAUUUGUUAACGGUAGCUGGAACAUUAAAAGUGCACAAUACCAUCCCAGUGACAGAGCAUUCGAGAAUGCAUGCAUCUGUUGCGUUGUCUAAAGUUUGGGAUGACACUAUGAGUGACAGAGAAAGAGAGAUUUUUAAGGACAAAUGUAGUGACUAUUUCAAAGACUUGUUUACAGAUGAAAUUAUGGAGUCCAAAAUCGAAGCUGUGGAAGCCAUUUCUACUCUUUUACAAGGUCCAUAUGAAGUUGGAAACAUGAUAAUUGGUGCUGAAGGAGUGGUUCAGUUGAUGUUUGCCCUGGCCAGUAGUGAGAACCCUUUACAUCAACGUAUUGCAGUGGAGGCUAUUGUACACUCAGCAUCCAAAAAGAAUCGAUGUUCAGGUAUAUUGAAAGAGGCAGUGCCAAUCUUGAAGAAGCUGUAUCAAACUGGUGAAGAUGAAACUAGAGUCAGAGCUCUUGUGGGUUUAUGUAAACUAGGAAGUUUUGGAGGGACGGAUGCCACCUCGAAACCAAUGGCUGAUGGAUCAACUUUGACCUUAGCCAGAGUCUGUAGAAAUUUUCUGAAGAAAGCAGCGUUUGAUAUGAGAAGAUGGGCAGCAGAAGGCAUGGCCUACCUGUCAUUAGAUGCUGAAGUGAAAGAAGAACUGUUAGAAGAUGCUGAAGCUAUUGAAGCUCUCUUUGAUGUGGCUAAGAAAAUUGAGAAGAAUAGAGUAUAUGCUACUAUAACAAUAUUUGUUAACCUAACUAACAGUUAUGAUAAACCUGAUAUUAUGCCUGAACUUAUAGAAAUGGCUAAAUUUGCUAAACAACAUGUCCCUGAAGAACAUGAAAAGGAUUCUAGUAAAUAUCUUACAGCCAGGAUUCAGAAACUAGCCAAACUAGGUGUUGUCAAUGCUUUAGUUGCCAUGGCUAGAACAGACAGUAAGGGCAGCCGAGAAUUACUUACAAGAGUGUACAUGGGACUGGCUACAGAAGAAAAAUUACGAGGGUUAAUAGUCCAGCAAGGUGGCGCCAAGAGCUUACUACAACUGGUAGAAAAUAAUACAGAAAUUGGUAAAUGUCUAGCUGCUCAUGCAUUAGCUAAGAUAGCUGUUACCAUGGAACCACAGACAGCCUUUCCAGGACAACGCAUCUAUGAGGUAGUACGGCCAUUAUUAACCCUGUUAAAAACAGAACGGUCCAGUCUACAGAAUUUUGAAGCUCUUCUAGCUCUGACUAAUCUAGCAUCACAUUCAGACUCUGUUAGGAAUCGUAUUAUAACAGAGAAAGGGAUAACAGCAAUAGAACAGUAUAUGUUUGAGGAACAUGAGAAAUUAAAAUUGGCUGCUACAGAAUGUAUGUGUAAUAUGGUUAUGAAUGAAAAGGUAGUAGAGCUGUAUGAAGCAGAAAAUGACCGAGUUAAACUGAUGUAUUUAUAUUGUGGAGAGGAAGAACCAAAAUUAGUCAAGGCUGCCGCAGGAGCAAUUGCAGUGUUAACACAGAGUGAAAUUAUAUGUAAUAAAAUUAUAAAUAUUCAAUGCUGGUUGGAAGUUCUGCAAACUCUGGUAGCCAAUGAGGAUCUAGACAUUCAGCAUCGUGGCUGUUACAUCGCUUACAAUAUGGUCAACUCCAGUCAGAAAAUAGCCGAAAAAAUCUUUGAGAGUCAACUGUUUGAGAUUAUGAUGGCAGUGACGAAGCUUGAACAACAGGAACGUGCCAGAUCUAAAGAACUUUGUGAAGAUGCUUUACAAAAGGCUGUAGAAUAUGGCAUGGUCAAACCAAGGAUUGAGGAUUAGAGAGGCCAAUAUUGGUCUGUAAUCAAGGGUUGCAUGUUAAAAUGGACUUUGAAACCCUUUUAGAUCAUUUGACAUCAUACUUCACCAAAAUGGUAGAAACUCAGAUUUCAUGACAAAAAUGCAUUUUAGAUUGAUGGUUAAAUGGAACAAAGCAACGUGCAAAAUAUCAGUUUGGAUUGAUGGCUAAAACACAGAAGAAGGAAAAGUGCCUAUCAGCAAAUUUUAAAGAUAUCGAGAUUGAUGGUUAAAAUGUAAAAGAAAGCAAAGUGCAAAUUAGCAAAGACUUGUGUAUGGGGAAAAAUUCAUUUUGCAUUAUUCAGUAGAUAAAUCAAUAACUACAUCACUUGACAUUAAUCAUACUGCUGUUGAGAUCAAAAUUUUGUGCAAUAAUUUCUUUUUUCCUCAAGUUUUUAUCAUUUUGUGAAUGAACUAAGGAUCUUCGGGCAGAGAAAAACUUGUGCCUUUUUAGAUCUGAUGCAGUUUUCAAUAUUUUCAUACUAUUUGUAAAUUAAUGAAAAUUUUAUAUCUUGAUAUUCCAUCCAUGUACAUAUUCCAAAUUGUUUUAUUUAUAAAUUUAUUUAUUUGUCAACAUCUACUUAACCUUAAUAUAAUUUCCCUUAUUGCACACAACUUUUUGCAUUGUGUUCUUUGUCCUCUAUUUUACUUAGUAAUAUGUAGUACUUCCUUUUCAAGAGCACUAGCAAGUAAUUUGUUUAGUACUUUUUAUCAAAAUUACUUCAUUGUGCAAUGCAUGAUGUUGCCUCUUUUUAAACUAUCUUGUACAUUGUGUAAUUAAGCUAUGAAUUUUGUAAUUAAUGUAUGAGAGUGUUUCCAUUUCAUUUUAUAGAUCAGAAAGAUUGAGAAAAUAAAAGAAUAUACUUGACUAAUU